AUGUAUGAUCGUAUAAAAAAAUAUUUAGGGUUAAAUCUAUGGUAUAAUUUUAUUACGUGUUCACUAAUUUCAGACAAUGUGUUAUAUGAGAGCAGGAAUUUAUCUACAUGUGAAGAAUCCUUCAAGGUUCUGUUUAUCUGUUGCUUUAGACUGUUCAGGAUGAACAAGUUGGAAACUCGUGAACCAACUGUUGAGCGGGUUCUUUCUGUUGGUUCAAUUCAGGACGAUUACUAUGAAUUUAAGAAUAAAAAUCCCAUAAAAAGGGUAUCGGAUCCAGUUAGUGAGCUUUACUGGACUUACUAUGAGAAUUAUAACCACAAAAAAUCCUCCAAAGCAGAUAAAAACAAUCCCAGUAUCGUUCUUUUACACGGUAUUUGUGGAACUGCUGGAUGUUAUUUUUACUUAUUCGAUAAAUUAUCAGAAUUGGUAAUUUUCUAUCACAUUUCUAUUCCAAAACUCUUAACUCUAUUCAUAUAUACAAUCUUUUUACAGGGAUAUCGGUGUAUUUCAGCUCAGUAUCCUGAAUACGAAACUCCCUAUGAGUGGAUAUCUGGCUUCUCUCACUUCUUAGACUAUUUAAACUUAUAUAAACCUUGUGUUUUUGGCAGCGAUUUGGGCGGAUUCCUGCUCCAAUUAUUUGUUCAGACUUACCCUAACAUGUUGAGUAGUAUAAUAUUAUGUAAUUCAUAUAGAAAAACUGACGAUUUCAGUUUCUCGCCUGUUUUACGCGAGGUUUAUGGCAAUUUAUACAUGUUACUUCCGCACAUAAUUUUAAAGAAUUUGUAUAUUGAGUUUUACAUUUGUCCUAAAAAUGAGGAUAUUGACCAGAGGGUUGAACUUAGGGAACAGUACGCCAAGGAAUUUAUGGCCUGCGAACUUGACCACAUAUCAGCAAGUGAUUUGGGAUCUAGAAUCACUCUUCAAUUAACUUGUGAUUACGUGUACAAUAAGGAUUUAAACGGCUUUGACCAGGAUAAAAUAUUACUAAUAGAGACUAAUAAUAACAAUAUACCUUACAACUUAAAGCAGGACAUUAAGCUAUGGUAUUCAAAUUCCAAGGUUGGGUACCUCAAGAGCGGGGGUGACUUUCCCUAUUUAACUCGACCUGAAGAAAUUGCCGUUUUCGUCCAGGUCCACAUGAAUAAUGUAAAAUAUUCCCAAGAAUCAAACUAUCAGCAGUUUUUAUCAAGCACAAACACAAGAAUACUUACCAACUCCAACACUGAUACCAAAUCAAACGACAACCAAGACCAUGAUUCAAAUUAUCAAGACCAAGAUGAAGAUUAUCAUGAUGUAGAUUACGAUUCUGACAAUAGUAUUAUAAACAAUUUUAAUAAAAAUUACCUCUAA